AGCACGACGAUGCAACGGAGUCAUAUUUGGCUGUUAGAGGUUCGCGGCAUCUGGUAACCCUGUGACGCGGGCCAAGGCGGUUAAUCCGCUCCCAAUGUCUAUGGUCAUUGUCGAUAAAACGUAUUCUAGCUUAUAUGGUAAAUAUUUGAUAGCCAACGGCCAUGCAGGCUUCAACAGUUACUCAAAAUGCCAUCACCCUAAAAGGUUCUGCCCAGAUCGUGGCGGAGUUCUUCAAUUAUGGCAUCAACAGCAUACUCUACCAGCGUGGAGUCUACCCACCAGAGAUGUUUGCUACUGUUCAGAAGUAUGGUCUCAGUAUUCUUGUAACAUGUGACAAAUCCCUGCAGAAGUAUUUGGAUACAAUCUUGGCACAACUCAAAGAUUGGCUCGAGGCAAAGGCUGUCCAUCAAGUUGUUUUGGUGAUAUCAAGUGCUGAGACAAAGGAAGCAUUAGAGCGCUGGGAGUUCAGAAUUCAGUCAGAUGAAGAAAUGACAAAUACCAGCAAGCCAAAGGAGAAGGAGCUGAGUGAUAUCCAGAAUGAGAUUAAGAGCGUCAUUCGGCAAAUUGUGGCAAGUGUCACAUACUUGCCUAUUCUGGAGACAGCAUGUGCUUUUGAUCUUCUCAUUUAUACCAACAAGAAAUCAAGACUGCCAAACAAUUGGGAAGACUCGCCACCACUUCUCAUUGAAGGCAACGAGACAGUCCACCUCAAGAGUUUUUCUACCAGUGUCCACACUGUGGAUACUGCAGUGUGUUACAAGAACACAUUGAAGAUGUAACUGUGUAUUGCCCUUCUUCCUCUCCUCUUCCUCCUUUUUUCUUUCUUUUUAACAACUUUGCAUGUGAAUCGUGGCACAUUGUUGCAAAUUAACUUUUUUAGGUGUGCCUGUCUUUUGCAGUGCAUGCUAUUAGUAGAAUGGACUUUUGCGAUAAGACUUUUACAAUAAAAGCAUGACAAUAUUCACAUUUAAUCUGUUUUAGGUUAGUAAAGAUAAUUCAUAUUCUGUCUGCAGGGAGCAAGCAUAGUUGGUGUCCUUUCAUGCAAUCUGCUUUCUUUGUUCCUUUGCUCAAAAUAUGAAAGCUCGAAAAAAAGCUUUUUUUUUUAAAUUUUUUCUCAGGGCAUAAAAAAUCAGGAAAAAGAUAGUGGUUUAAGUUUACUGAAUAAAAUACAGAUAAAAUGUGGAAAAAGACAACAAACUCACGGGGUCCCAUACGCACUCACCUUACACAACGGAAGGCAAAGCCAUUUUAGUCGAUCUA